AUGAAACAAAUCGUGAUAUUAUUUGAGUGCAUUCUACUAUUUCCAUCCUAUGAUACUACCUUUUUUGAUUGCUGCUUCAUGCUGAAAUUUCCCGAACUUUGUGAGACAUUAUGCAAUAGUCAUGCUAACUUGUUUUCGCUUCAACCAGCAAUCUCAUCGCCCACAUAUGCUACUCCUUCUUUUCCGUUUACUCCAACUACUACUACUCAAAUUUAUCAGAUUAACUCAUUAUCAGAGCCUAUUUCACCUGUUUAUGCAAUGCAGCAAUUACCUCCUCAUCAUGCAUCCCAUCCAUCACAACAACCUUACCUACCACCGUUGUCGCAACAUGGGAGACUGCCAGCGCAGCAGUCUAAUGUACGGGCGCAAUCAUCCAGCAGUGUACUUCCGUACAAACAACAACGGCCAAACUUUGCUAAGGAAGAAAAUAUAAAAGAUAAGGAAGUGGCUGAUCUUUUGGAUGCAAUUGAAGAGUUUCACAAUCAAACGUUACAAAUACAAGAACCGAUUAAACCAAUACCAAUAUCAUCUCUUAUCACUAUCGGUGACUCAGAAUGUAAUGAUAACAAACUUAAAAUUAUAAUGCUUGAGAAUAUUGGAAAAGAUUUGAAUGCGACAAAAAAAAUGAUUCAGUUAGCAGCUGAGGCUCAAUUCGAUGGUCAUUUCAAUGUAAUAUGCUCCAAGGAUGAUUUUUCGUUUCUGACCAAUACAGAAUUAUUCUGUCAGGCUACUAAAGGUGAUAUAAGCUGUUAUGCUUAUAGGCUGUAUUUGUAG